CGGGCGGGCGGCCGUCGGGGACCAGCUGGGGUCCGGGCCAGGGUCGGGGCCGGGGCCGGGGCCAGGGCCGGGCUGGGCGCCGCCAUGCGGGAGCCGAGCGUGCGCGCGGCGGCGCUCGUGCUGUGCAUCCUGUCCUACCUGCUGGUGGGCGCCGCCGUCUUCGACGCGCUCGAGUCCGAGGCGGAGAGCGGCCGGCAGCGGCUGCUGGCCCGGAAGCGCGGCGAGCUGCGACGCAAGUACGGCUUCUCGGCCGAGGACGACCACGAGCUGGAGCGCCUGGCGCUGCAGGCCGAGCCGCACCGCGCUGGGCGCCGGUGGAAGUUCGCCGGCUCCUUCUACUUCGCCAUCACCGUCAUCACCACCAUCGGGUACGGCCAUGCCGCGCCAGGCACGGACUCAGGCAAGGUCUUCUGCAUGUUCUAUGCGCUCCUGGGCAUCCCCCUGACGCUGGUCACCUUCCAGAGCCUGGGCGAGCGGCUGAACGCGCUGGUGCGGCGCCUCCUGCUGGCGGCCAAGCGCUGCCUGGGCCUGCGGCGGCCGCGCGUGUCCACCGAGAACAUGGUGGUGGCCGGGCUGCUGGUGUGCGCGGCCACCCUGGCCCUCGGGGCCGCCGCCUUCGCGCACUUCGAGGGCUGGACCUUCUUCCACGCCUACUACUACUGCUUCAUCACCCUCACCACCAUCGGUUUUGGCGACUUCGUGGCGCUGCAAAGGGACGAGGCGCUGCAGAGGAAGCCGCCCUACGUGGCUUUCAGCUUCCUCUACAUCCUCUUGGGGCUCACGGUCAUCGGCGCCUUCCUCAACCUUGUGGUCCUGCGCUUCCUCGCCGCCAGCACCGGCGCGCUGGAGCGCGCUGCCCGCCGCGCCGGCCCGCUCCGCCUGGGGGCGCCCGAGAGCCGCGGCCGCUGCCCGGCCCGCCGCCCCGCCCGCCCCGGGGGCGCCGCCUCCGUCUCCCACCGCGUCCACCAGCUGGAGGUGUGGGCCCGCGACAAUCUGGGCUUCUCGCCCCCCGCGAGCCCGAGGGCUGUGGGCGGCGGCAGGGCAGGCGGGCCUCUGGCCCGGCGGAAGUCCAUCUGACAGCCCUCCCCCGCCGGGGGUGGGUCCCGGACUUGGAGGGUCCGGGUUCACCUAUCAGUGCACCCUCCGCAGAGCUUGGGGAGGGGUGAGGGGCCGUGGCCUCAGGCCGUCUUCUGCCACGAGCAGUUUCUCAUUCUCUUCUGUGGCGAACCCCUCCCUCCUCUCCAAAAACAUAUUAACCUCGCAUCAGAAGCACAACGCUACUCUAAAAUCGCCCUGUAGGUGCAAGUCCCCUGUAGCCCACAUUGUUUGAGGAAGGCGUGGCCCCAUCAGUCACCUGAGAGAGGCCUCCACAGGCCCCUGUCGCUAGCUGGCCCUCCGGAGCACAAACAGGUGGCUGUUCCUCUGUUGUGCGAAGACGCCGGCUUUCCGGGUUGUAGGGGAUGUGGACGACUUUCAACACGGGAAUCCCACCGGUGAGGCCAGCUGUUCACACUAUGUGCAGCACAGGGAUCAGAUGGACUGAAGGAAAACGUCUCCCGUCCAGUGUAGACGAGUGGGCACAUCUCUGCACUGUUAAAUGGUGGCUCGUUCUUUGCUCAGUGUGUAGAGAGGAACUGGCCUGUGUGUAAAUGAAGUACACCCUCCCUUGUCCCCCUAAGCUGAGGCUCUUUGUCCUUGGCCAGCCCCCCUUCAGCAUGAGGGGGGCCUUGCUGACACCCACCAUGUCACUGGGGCCACCUAGAUGCACUCAAAUCCUGUGGGACAAGCUAUCUUCUGGGAGCUGUGUGAUCUGGGGCCUGCCAAUCACCCACAAUAUGACCUUGGGGAAUCUCAUCCCCUACCUGGGCCUCAGUUUCCACAUCUGUAAAAUGACUGGGUUCACUCAGAAUUCUGUUCCCUCCUGUGCACCUCUGGAAUGGUUCCUGGGACAGGCCCCUGCCCCAUAGGAGGGCAUUAACAAAGCCCACGGUGGGGCAUACUGGCACCCCAUAGCACUCAGCUCCUCAAAACACCAACUGCCCUUAGCUUCCCAGAUAGAGACGUCUCAAGACAAAGCAGAGCAAGCCAGGUUAGAAAAGCCAAAAACUUUAAUUUUCAACAUGAGCUACAUGGUCAUGAACACAAUGCAACGUGACCCACUCCAACCCAGGGGCCCUGGAAACCCUCCCUCCCCAAAGGCCCGAGUGGCUCCUGCUCCCAGAGAGGGAAUGAGGGAAAGGUGGGUGGAGGGAGGGAGGCCCCAGCCUGAGGGCCCGGGGUCCUGCCUUCCGGCCACCCCCUGAGGAGGCAGUGGUAGAGUGAAAGGGCUCCAGGCGUGAUGCCUGAGGCCCCGGGUUCAAGUCUCCACUUUGCCUCACAGAAGCUAUGAGUAAAACGGGCAGUCAGCCUCCCCAUGGGGUCUGUGAGUCAGAUGAGCUCAUGGACAUGAAAGCUUUCCGUCCACUCUGAGGUGCCACUAUACAGACAUGGGGCCCUCCCAGAGGGCCACAGGAGUCAUUACAGGGGAACAGGGAGCGCUUGGUCCCCUGGGCUUGGCACAGCGCUGCUGCUCAAUAAAUAAAUGCAGGUGGCCUUGCUGGACGCAACAGCUGUGCUCCAAAGGGAGUGGGGCUCAGAGCUGCUUCUGAACACUGAAAUGCGCCCAGGAGCUCCUGGUUUAAGGAGCUGGAUGGCCAAUGGGCUUGCAUAACCACCCCAAACUGCCUGCUUCCCCUCCUCGUGGAGAAGAGUGAGCUCUGAGCUGUUGGAGAACUGGGUUCCAGUCCGGGCUCAGCC